CUGGUGCCGUGCGGGGCUGUUUCUGUUACAGGCUCUGGGCUGCACCAGCCCCACCCCAGCCCAGCCAUCGGAGGAGAGGAAGUUGUCCGUGGCAUCGCCGUGGAGAAGUUUGACAUUGUCAAGAAAUGGGGUAUCAACACGUACAAGUGUACCAAGCAGCUGAUCUCGGAGCGGUUUGGCCGGGGCUCCCGCACCGUGGACCUGGAGCUGGAGACGCAGAUUGAGCUGCUCCGGGAGACAAAGCGCAAGUACGAGUGUGUGCUGCAGCUCGCGCGGGCUUUCACCAACCACUUCUACAGCCUGGUGCAGACACAGCACGCCCUGGGGGAUGCCUUUGCGGACCUCAGCCAGAAGUCUCCUGAGCUGCAGGAGGAGUUUGGUUACAACGCAGAAACGCAGAAACUGCUCUGCAAGAACGGAGAAACACUACUGGGGGCUGUCAACUUCUUUGUCUCCAGCAUCAACACACUGGUGAACAAGACCAUGGAGGACACGCUCAUGACGGUCAAGCAGUACGAGACAGCCAGGCUGGAGUACGAUGCGUACCGCACGGACCUGGAG